AUGCCUUCACGAUCCUCCCAAGAUGCUCUGGAGAGUGCCAUUGUUGAAACAGAAGCAGAACCAAAUACAGCCUCGCUCAAUUCGAAGAAAGCCUUGUGGGCGUUUCUUGUCCUCUGCUACUCGACAGGCCCGGUGUCCUCCAUGGUGGCGAGCUAUGUACCCGCAGCAAUCCUAUCAGCAGCCAACCUGCUGGGCCACCAGCAGGGAUCCGACAAGCCCUGUCCCCGGCGGGGCGGUAAUAUUACUUGUCUUGUGCGGUUUGGGGGGGGAGAAAUCGACUAUGCGAGUUUUACGCUGUAUCUCAAGGCCAUCUCGCGAACCACCGAGGGCGUGGUGGCGAUCUUCACAGCCGGCGUGGCAGACUAUUCCAACUACCGCAAGACAAUGAUGAUCGCCUCGAUCGUGCUGUUCGGCGCACUGGCUCUGCCCUUUGCAGCGCUGACGGGAGACUCCUACAGCCAGCUCACCGCGCUCUCCGUGCUGUAUUGUCUGGUGGUGACGGUACAGGGGGUAUACACCAUUAUAGAGGGCUCGUAUAUCCCUAUCUUUAUGCGCGCCACAGGCUGGUUCCAAGAGACCCCCAUCGCCCCCGUCGCCCCCGGACGCCAGGGGUCGUCUCCCUGGACCACGGGCGUGUCGGUCAGCGUGCUAGCCAUGGUGUCCAGUAACCUGGGCGCCCUCACGGCCCUGAUCAUCGGCGUGAUUCUGGUCUACGGGCGCGGAUCGGCAUCCAGCGGGGGAUUUGACAAUUACUUCCUGGCUGUCACCAUUGCAGGCUGCAUCACCAUCGUGUUUGCGCUUGUCGGACACUUCCUAUUGCCCUCCGUACAGGGCAAAGAGCUGCGCCCUGGUGAAAACGUCCUGGUGUUGCCGAUCAAAGGCUGGUUCCGUCUGCUGCGCGACGCACCACACUAUUCUGAAGCCUUUAAGCUGUGCAUUGGCUGGAUCCUGUGGAACACCGGCUACACCAACCAUCUGACGCUGAUGACCGCGCUCUUCCUCGAGGUCACCGGCUUCAGCAGCAGCUCGGGCGUCUAUUCCGUCUGGUCGUUUACCAGUGUCAUCUUCGCGUGCAUGGGCAGUCUGGGCUUUCUCUAUCUCUACCCACGACUCCGCCUCCCCGUCAAGAGCUGGGCGUACUUGUUUCUCGCCGUCAACAGUCUCUGUGUGCUAUGGGGGUGUAUCGGGAUCAGUAACGCGGUCACCAUCGGAUACAAGCACCAGGUCGAGUUCUGGGUCGCCCAGGUGUUGUUCAUGUCGACCAGCAGCGCACUCCGCUCGUACAAUCGCGCUCUAUACUCAUCCCUCAUCCCUAAAGGGUUCGAGGCCCAGUUCUUCGGCCUGGAAGUCACUCUCGAUCUCGCCACAGGCUGGAUCAACCCGCUCGUCAUGGGCGCCAUCCAGGACCGCACGCAUAACCUGCGCUUCCCCAUGAUUCCCAACCUGCUGUUGAUGCUCGUCGGGACGGUGCUGUACUUCCUUGUGGAUAUUCCCAAGGGGAUUGAAGAAGCCAAGUUGACGCGGUUGUAA